AUGGCGCCCUUUUUUAAAAAGCGUUUGCAAUGUUUUUAUUGCGGUUCUCGAUCAGCACAGUUGCAAAAAAGCGCGAUCCGCCAGUGGCAGUGUCGCGAAUGUCAGGCAGUAAACUAUCUGGACGAGACCUUGGCUUCCUAUCUUCCGCCGCAAUCACACCCUGAGUAUGAAGUAUACGAAGCGUCCUACCCGGCCUACCGACAAAGUUUGGAAGACCGAUACCCGCAAGUAUGCGAAAAUUGCGAGCCAAGGGUUAUCUCGCGGAUCAAACGUGCGGGCUAUGAAGCAAAAGCAGAUCAUCUACGGCGGAUGAUGGAACGAAGCAGGGGCGGGAGAACUGUGCGGAACAAGCGAAAAUGGAGAUGGAGGAGUCUGUUGGUGUCGACCGGUGCUGUGGCAUUCUGGGCAAGUGUUGCUGGUCAACUGGCUUGGGAUAUCAUCGGAUUUAUGGCCGAUACUACUGUGGCCACGGAAAAUCAACAACGAAUACAAUUAUCAAAGUCUCUUCUCCGAUCCUGCUUGAAAGAAGGUCAGAAACACGGGGUCAUGCCGAUUCAAUGCGCUUUGGCCUUGCAGCCAUAUGCCGGGCUGGCACUGAUUCUGGGAGUGCUUUCGCUGUGGUGGAAUCCAAAGCUUCGCCACAAGGUCGAGGGACGGUCCGGGCGCAUAAGUGGAGCGCGUGAAUAUUAUCGCAUCCAGAUCGUCGUGCUGGUAGUGAGGUUUGUUGCUUGGACUGUGCUACAGGAUGCUUCUAUCACUGGCCUCAAUCCCAAGCUGGUGCCUGCCGUCCAUAGUUUUAUGGCUAUCUUGAUAAUAGUCACGACAAUUGCCUCAAGGGCAGCCAUUCGAUUCUCCAUCAAACCGCUUGUUUCCUGGAAUGACAAUAUAGGAUCUUUAAUAUCCAAACGCAAUGGAGACGCAGAGCUCUCGUCGCAGAGUUUCUCGAAUCCACAGUCGUCAAGCAUCAGCCUGAGCCAAAGCCUGCCGCGGUUUCCAGUUGCCAAUCUCGCUCCAGCCCCCGCUCAUGUCAAUGCCUUGGGUCCUGAAUCGUAUAUUCCUCCAACGCCUCCUCCGGACAUGGUUGUCGAUUCCGACGCCAUGGAUUGGACUCCCUCUCAACAAACACUACAGCCGACUUUCCAUAUUAGUCGCAACCAACCUGAGCCUGAUGCACCGCCUAUACACCCGUCUCCGUUUCGUGGACAACUACCUGCGGCGCCUAAACCACUCUCCUGGCAGCUCCGCAACCCAGAACGUCAGCCUAUAGUUAAGUCGAUCGAAAACAAACCGAACCCCUUCCAUACGGCCCCCAUUUUACACCCGUCAUCAAACAUACCACAACAAAAUCAAAUUGCGACGAAAUCAACCGACAUGGUGAUGGCACCACCGAGAUUCUUCCCUCCAAACGACCUCAAGGCAGAGACUGGCUUGGAAAGUUUAUUCGACAAAGCCUUUUCAAUCGCAGAAAGCCCAAAGACCGAGAGACGGUCAAUGUCGAAGAUGCCUGAUCGUGGGCCGAUAAUCAAUAAACCUCUUCAUAUUAUAAAGAGUAUCUUUUUGGUUGUGUGCUUGGGAUUAUGGGUUGGAUCGCAGUCUCUUGCUUUACCCAAAAACACCACUGAAACAGUGGUGUUAGGCCUUAGCUUUCUCGUGACUGGAUUCUCUCUUCUUGAAUUGUUGAUGAGGCCGAUGAUGCACUGGAAGAUGAUUGACAUCUUUCUGUCUUUGGCCGAGCUGGUUGGCUGCGUUUACCUGGCUUUGGUCCGGGCUGGCCAAUUUGGAGAUCCAACGGCCUUUGAUAAAGCCGGACCCUAUCUGGUGGCGUUUUUGACAGGACAAGAAAUGUUUGGCCUCCGGUCCAUGUUUAGUGCGUCGAGGCCGGUGGUCGCCGCAAAGAUGCCGAUCAAACAAGAGAUCAAACGGCCAACUUCACCCCCCUUGCUGUCAUGUUCUCUUUCGACCUCCAGCGGCGAACGAACUCCAACCCGAUCAUCCUUCAUCUCAGCUCCGGCGCUGGCCAACAAGUCUCGCAGCUCGCCGUCCAAAAGACAGCCACAGAGUUUCAAAGCUCCCAGCAUCCCUCAGCCCUUGGACCCAAGCUCAAGUUUCCUCAACCGACAGAAUACCUUCACUCCACUCGCGAAACCUGAAUAUCCACUGUCUCUUCCAAACUCAUUCUCUGGCCUGGCCCAAUCGCAGCUCCUCUCAUCGUCCUUUGGAUCCACAGAGCGUUUUAUGUCACCCGCGUCCACUGCAUCUGUCACCUCGACGGAAUAUGAUGCAUCUACCAUCUCAGAGCCCCCUUCUCCUAUAUUAUCUACCCGCCAUCGAACGCCAGGCCCGUCGAUAACUAGUCUCAGUCUAGAUGACAGCCCAAUACCCAUGAAGAAUAUUCCACCAACCCCGCGAUAUUCGCUGCGAAGUCGCCGGCGUUGA